AUGGCUUUCCUAUCUAAAGUGGUAAUCCCGUCCAGAGGCCACAAGUCGUGCGGUCGUCCCAUGAAGGCUGCUCACGAGGAUAAUGACAACGGCAACAACGAUUAUGACGACGACGGCUUUGACAGCGAUGAUGUUAAUGACGAAGAUUAUCAUGACGACUACGAAGACUAA